AAAAUUUGCUUCUCAUCCACCUCGGGUCACGCGCUGCACAACCCUGCUGACCUACUUGCGGGCACCCCUCAUCAUCAUUCCAAUUCAACCCCUUUCUUGUUGGGAGCUGAUGGAUGGGUGGUGGGACCCAAUCACUGGCUCUUUUUCUGGGUACCUCCAGCUUCCCGAUACGCAUUUUAUUCACAUGACACUGCAAUGGUGAUCCCAAGAGGAUACGCUGAACUUGAUUUGAGCAAAAUGGAACAUGGAACACGCUGGUCGAAUUGCCGAGAUGCGUGA